AUGACUUCAGAAAAUAAUAGCGGCUCAAAUAGAGAUAUAGGAAUUGUUGGAGCGGGGCUUGUUGGAUGCUUGACAGCUUUGGCAUUCGCAAGUAAAGGUUAUUCAGUGACAUUAUUCGAAUUGAGGCCCGACCCAAAAACAGAGAAAGAAUCCAAAGGGUUGAGGUCUAUUAAUUUGGCAGUAAGUAGUAGAGGAAUAAGGGCGUUAGAGUAUGUUGACAAGGCAAUGGCGAAAAGAGUAUUAGAGAAUAUAAUUCCGAUGUAUGGAAGAAUGAUACACGAUAAAAGAGGAAGACAAGAAUCUCAAAAAUACGGAUUAUUUGGAGAAAGUAUAAAUUCGAUUGAUCGAUCUUUCUUAAAUGACUCACUUUUGGAUGAAUUGAAGAAUGCUAAUGUUGAAGUGAAUUUCAAUCACAAGUUAAUAAGACUCCAAAACCUAUCUAAUAAGCCUUCUAUGAUCUUUAUAAAUUUGGAGCUGUCAGAUGAUGAAAAAAUGAAAACCUUUGAAUUUGAUUAUGUUAUUGGCACGGAUGGAGCGCAUUCACAGUUUAGGUAUCAACUUCAGAAAUCAAUGAGAAUGAAUUAUUCUCAAGAGUACAUCGAUAUGCAAUAUUUGGAACUUUACAUUCCUCCAAACAAAGACACGCAGUCUAAAAAUAAAUUUUCAAUUGAUCCAAAUCAUCUUCACAUUUGGCCUCGUCAUGAAUUUAUGUUGAUUGCUUUACCAAAUAAGGAUGGCUCGUUUACCUCGACUUUUUUCUCUCCUUGGGCAGUCAUAGAAUCCUUUAAAUCUUCAGAUGAAUUUGUUCUGUUCUUUUGCGAGCAGUUUCCUGACGCUACGGAGCUCAUUGGAGAGCAAAACUUAAAAAGAGCCUUUGAAAACCAUCCAAGAGGCUCACUAAUGCAAGUUAGUGCAUUUCCUUAUCAUAAUCCAUCUGGAAGAGCAAUGAUUUUGGGUGAUGCUGCCCAUCUGAUGGUUCCAUUUUACGGCCAAGGAAUGAACUGUGGGUUUGAAGACGUCAGGAUCUUAAUGGAAUUAUUAGAAAUGAAUGGUGGGGAUAUCUCUGAAUCAUUCAAGCAAUAUUCUUCGGUAAGGAGGGAGGAUUUACGAGCAAUUUGCAAGCUCGCUAUGGACAAUUACUAUGAAAUGUCUACAAAGGUCACUAGUUCAAGGUAUUUGAUUAGAAAAGGCAUAGACUAUUACUUGGGAAAAUACGCUAGAAACACAUUUCUUCAGUGGAUACCCUUGUAUUCGAUGAUUUCAUUUAGAGACGACAUCUCGUAUUCUGAAGCGAUCGCAAUUGAAAAGAGACAAGAAAAUAUUCUUAAUUUGUUUCGCAAUGGUACAUUGGGGUUUAUGGCUAUUUAUUUUAUUGCUAAGGGCCUUCAAUACUGGGACAAAUUAAGGAGGAACUAA